UAUUCCAGGGUUUGCUGGCGGAGGUCUUGAUGCUAAGUAGGAUCUCUGUCCCUGCAGGUCAGACCGGGAAGCUGAUGUACGUGAUGCACAAUUCAGAGUACCCUUUGAGCUGCUUCGCCCUCUUCGAGAAUGGCCCUUGUCUUAUUGCCGACACCAACUUUGAUGUGCUCAUGGUGAAGCUCAAGGGCUUCUUCCAGAGUGCCAAGGCCAGCAAGAUUGAGACCCGGGGUACCCGUUACCAGUACUGUGACUUCCUAGUGAAGGUGGGCACCGUCACAAUGGGGCCCAGUGCCCGAGGCAUCUCUGUGGAGGUGGAGUAUGGCCCCUGUGUGAUAGCCAGUGACUGCUGGAACCUGCUGCUGGAGUUCCUACAGAGUUUUCUAGGCAGCCACACUCCAGGGGCUCCCACAGUGUUUAGCAACAGACAUGACACGGUCUACGGCCCAGCAGAUACCAUGGUCCAGUACAUGGAACUCUUCAACAAGAUUCGCAAGCAGCAGCAGGUGCCGGUGGCUGGGAUUCGUUAGUGAGCUCUGUCACCAGAGGACUCCCGAGAAGGAGCAGGUGCUGCACCGUCAGGCUCCUGAGCCCCAGAAACCCAGGGCAGACAUGGAGCCCUCUCUCCCUCCAAUUCGCAGCUGUGGCUUUUGUUCUGGGGCUAUGGACUAUUUGCCCCUGACCCUCACACACAGCUCCCCCGAUUUCACCCCACGCCUUAUUGGACUUGGCUUGUCCUCAAGAAUGGUAACUAUGAAGAAUGGAGAAGCUUGGAGCUUUCCUGCUGUAGGGGAAAAGGUAGGACAGGGGUGUCCCCGCCUAGUGUUGGUGGGGAAACUAGUCUGUCUCCAACUGUCCUGGAUUUGGCCUAGGCCGUGGUGGACAGGCUGCAUUUCAUGUCCGGGCUGUGCUGUAAUAAAGGCCUUUCCCACUGCUCAAAGUAUACGGCUGCAUCUCUCCUGGAAAAGGAGUAGGAGGCCACCUCGUUAUAUGGAUGUCACUUUCUGACCUGUGUGUGGAAGUGAAUUGUGAGUUGACUUUUCUAGGUUGCUGCCUGAGUCCUUUGAAGUCUGGUCUCUCUGACUCCUAUCAGUUCUGUUGUGAAUUAUGUUAAGCCACAGGCUAAGCUGCUAUAACAAAGAGAGCCUAGUAGAAAUUUCAUUUUCCUUCUAAUAGUACAGAGGUAGUCAGAUGGUCCAGGGCAGAUUUAGUUGUGCAGGGUCGUCAGGGACUUGGUUUCUCUUUAUCUUGUUGUUCAGCUACCCCAGGUUGUUGUCCUUGCCAUAAGGUCAAAGCAGACUCGUCAGCUCCAUGUCCACAUUCCACUGGGGAAAGAGAGAACAAAGUAGUUUCUUUUUUAAAGUCUAUGACCUGGAGUUGCUCAAACAACACACUUUGCAGAAAGGGACACUGGGAUACAGAGCCUCUUGUUUGGGUAGUCACGUGCCCAGUCAAAACCCAGGGGCUUUUGUGACUGAAGGAUGAAGGGGAAAAUGGGUGCAGGGCCCAGUUAGUGGCCUCCGUGCAUGGAGCUCAGUGGAUGUGCCCAGGAGUGCUCUUGGCUCUUAUUUUGCAGUUAGCACUCCUUGUAACUCGGCCCUUUAUGAACUAGAUUGGGACAGGGCCGAUGCCAGAGCCGCUCUCAGUUUAGCUGGAUUAGUCAGGCUGGGAAGUCAGGUCGGAACCCCUGGUCUAAGUCUCAGCAUCUAGGCCUCUCAGUUCUCAGGAACCCAGAGCUUAGUGUUGGAACAGUGAAUCUGAUACCGGCACUGCGCUCCUGGUUUCCUGAGUUCUUUCUCCUCGUCUCGUGUGAGCCUCCAAGCUAUGCGUUUGACACCCGUUGCCUGCCCAGCCCACUCCAGCUUCGAAGUGUUUAGUCAGGCCAACACUGAGACACGGUCGGGGGUGGUCUCAGGACAUGUGUUACUGUACAUGCUGCUGUGCUGUCCUCAGCGUUACUGUCCCUCACUGAAGGCACCGAAAGAGAAAUUGUUUUCAGACAUAAGGGCCCUACAACAAGAAUCAGACACUGGUCAUGUUUCGCUCUUCGCUUUGGCUGGCAGGAAGCUCAAUUCAACUUUAUCACUGCAGGACCUGUCGUCUGCAUUUUUUGUUCUCACUUUCCCCUUGUUUUCUUGUUUAUGCUGUAUUGAUAAUGAGGUAUGUGUUAGAUAUCAUUAGCACACAAUAAAAUGCACAACCCUUGUGUUUUGGGCCCUCUGGUUUA